UUGACGUUUAUUUGGUCGUGCAAGUUGAAUAUAACCUAGAAAAUAAACAAUCUCAUCUCAUGCAUUUUAUCACUACAAUAACCUAAAAUUGUUAUGAAAAUGGGUAAAAAAAGCAAAAAAUUUAAUAAAACACAAGAGACUCACCUUCCAAUAUCCGACGAAGGAAAACUACAGUUUGAGAAAAGUGAUUUUCCUUCAGACUCCAAUAACAGUACACAUUCAGUGAAAAAAUCUAAAAAGAAAAGAAAACUAGACUUAAAUGGUAGUGUAGAUACACCUGCGCAAAUAAAAAGUGAAGAAAUAGAUGAAAGCAACACCCCAGCUGAUGGUGCAAUCAAAAAGAAAAAGAGAGGUUUGAAUAAUGAGGUACUAAAUGAAGAAGUUCAAAAUGAUAGUGAUAAUAACUUAAAUGUAGAUGAAGUACAUAUCCCAAAGAAAAAAAACAAGAAAAAUAAAAUGUUAAAUGAAGAUGUUAAACUGGAAAUGGAUGAAGUCCCUGAAAUAGAAGAUCAUAAACCAAAAGAAGAUUCAAAGAAAAAGAAAAACAAGAAUAGUUUUACUGAUGAGGUUAAAAAUGAAGAAAUAGUACCCAAAAUAGAAAAUAACGAAACAAAGAAGAAAAGCAAAGCAAAGAGGGGGGCUCCAUCGUUAAAUGACGAGGAAGCACAAGUGACAGAAGAAGACAUUGACAAGUUUAUUGAUGAGUUGGGUGAGGAAGACAACAAGCAAUAUGAGGACUGGGUCAAGUUGCUAGAUGCCAGGCUCAGCAAGAAAACGAAAGCCGAGUAGAAAUCUA